CCGGCCAUGCAAGAGGUAGUUCGAGCAGAGGUAAUUAAACUUCUGGAUGCGGGAAUCAUAUACCCAAUCUCUGACAGCAAAUGGGUGAAUGUUCCUUUUGACUUCAAUGACAAGUGCCAGACAGCCUUUGAGAUUCUGAAAAAGACCUUAACUUCUACACCAAUCAUUCAGCCACCUAAUUGGGGGGUUCCAUUCGAGAUAAUGUGUGAUGCCUCUGAUUAUGCUAUGGGAGCCGUUUUGGGUCAGCGAGUAGAGAAGAUUCUGCAUGUCAUAUACUAUGCCAAGUUUGAUAUUGAAAUUCGGGACAAGAAGGGUUCUGAGAAUGUGGUAGCUGACCAUCUAUCUAGGCUGGUUGUCGACUUCAAUGAAAAUGUUGUGCCGAUUGCUGAGACAUUCCCUAAUGAACAACUUAUGCACAUCUCUCAAAAUCAUGCACCAUGGUUCGCAGACAUAGUGAACUACCUUGUCACUGCCCAAAUGCCAUCACAUUGGACUAGGCAAGACAAAUCAAAAUUCUUGGCUGGGGCGAAGUACUUCUUUUGGGAUGAUCCUUACCUGUUCAAAUACUGCCCAUAUCAGAUUAUAAGGAGAUGCAUUCCUGAAAAUGACCAGCAAAAUGUCCUAUCUUUUUGCCAUGAUCAUGCAUGGGCGGUGGAUUAUGUUUCCAAGUGGGUGGAGGCUAUUGCCUGCAAGACUAAUGAUCACAGAGUCGUGUUGCAAUUUUUGAAGGAAAAUGUGUUCGCACGUUUUGGGACACCACGUGCCAUCAUCAGUGAUGGGGGGAAGCAUUUCUGCAACCGAUAUUUUGAGCAACUCAUGAAGAAGUAUGGUAUUACUCAUAAAGUUGCAACUCCCUACCAUCCUCAGACAAGUGGGCAGAAAGCUCAAAUCCCGAUGGACUGGACCAUUCAUAUUUCUACUCAUGGAGCCAUCGAAAUCCAGGAUCCUAAGAAUGGAAGUGCU